AUGAGCCAGUCGCAGGAUGAGGCCCGGGCGGCCAGGAUACAAAAGUACAAGGAGGAGAGAAGAAAACAGUUAACAGCAAGAACUGCGACAUUAUUUUCUGUUAAUGUCACUGAGAGACGGCCGAAACGAACAACUUCGCAGACGCCUCCAGAAGAUGAUGCCGCUAAUCUCAAGUCUUCCUCUGACCUUAACCUUAAUACAAUUUCAACAUCAGUGCCUAUUAGAACAACUCGUACAUCACGCUUACGAGCUGCUGCUGCAACGCAUUCCGAUACAUCGCCGUCUCCAAGAAAAUCCAAUAGAAGUUCGUCAGUCCAAUCUCUACUUGAAGAUGUUAAAAUUAAAUCUCCUAAAAAAUCUAAGUUACUAGAUAGAGAUAAAACGAGACCUAGUAGGAGACAGAGCAAUGAAAAAGAAAAUUAUAAGAGUGUGACUGCAACGCGCUUUGAUAAAGAUAUUGGUGCUAUUAAGACGAAAUCGAAACAUUCCAAUAAUAAAACUAUUUUAGAAAAAGACAAAACUAAUUUUAUAAUGACUAGUCCUAAUGGAAAGAAUAUUGACGAGAAGAGCGUUUUGAAAAUAGACGAGAAGAAAAAUUCGAAUCCUAGUAAAGAAGAAAAUUUAACGAAUGGCAAGAGAAACGAAGUAAAUAAUGAAAUACUUUCACGAGUGAAUAGUGAAGAAUUUUUUAACGAUAUUGCAAACGAAAAAGAUGUCUCUAAUAGUUUAGAAAAAGAAAAGAUAGAGGAUUUGUUUAAUAAUCUUGUUGUUGAUGAAGUUGAAAACCAGAAUGGUGUCGAAAUAUUGAUAAAUGACGAGGUUAUGGCUGAUGAUGGGCUCAAAUAUAGUCACAAUAGUUAUAUUCCUGCUGCUGAUAAAGCAAUAGAUAUUAAAGUUGUUAAAGUAGAAGAUAGUGUAGUGCCAAAAGUGAAAGAGGAUGUUGGAGGUUUGCUAGGGGCUGUGUGUGUGCGUAAAGUGGAAAGGUUUAGUGAAUUGCUCAGCAACUUGUGUUCUCCGUGUGAAGCAGACAUAUUGUUCGAAGACAUCUUGGUUGAGAAUGGAUUCGAUGGUGAUAGUAACUUGGUAAGUUAA